GUGGCCUUCGGGCACGCGUACCCGCGGCGAGCAAAGCUGCACGACAGUGACGUCAGAUCCAACUGUCAGCCCUUUGUCAGAUCAUGUCCAUCUGCUUAUAAGUGAGGAGUCGACCGGGGUAUCCGUCAGACACCCACCAGGCGGAGGAACUCCAGGUCCACGGCUCUUAUCUGAACCAGCAGCGAUGCCUUACUCCAUGUUUCCCCUGUGCGUCCUGGGACUUCUCGCCCUCUCCUCCGCCUGUUACAUCCAGAACUGCCCCCGAGGAGGGAAACGAGCACUGUCGGAGUCUGGACUCAGACAGUGCAUGCCAUGUGGCCCCGGGGAUAGGGGCCGCUGCUUCGGACCCAGUAUCUGCUGUGGGGAGGGCAUCGGCUGCAUGCUGGGCUCCUCGGAAACAGCUCACUGCAUGGAGGAGAACUACCUGCUCACCCCCUGUCAGACAGGAGGGAGACCCUGCGGAUCUGAUGGUGGGCACUGUGCUGCUUCAGGACUCUGCUGUAACUCAGAGAGCUGUGUGGUGGACUCGGAUUGCCUGGGGGAGAGUGAGGCCUCAGAACCAGCCCACGGCUCUGCAGCAAGCUCACCUGCAGAGCUGUUGCUGCGCCUACUGCAUGUGGCCACCAGAGGACAGACUGAGUACUGAUACUGUAUCUCUGCAGGUCCCUCUGCUCCUCAGGGCCCCGAGGUGCAAGCCUUGAGAAUCGAACCUUAAACCAAUAAAAUGCCAAGACAUACUUUGAUCUCUCAACCCCUACUACUGUGCUAAUCCUGUAUCUGAAAAGACAACUUGCAUUAUUUAGAUUCUGGGGGAGAGGAAUCAUGAGUAAAUAUCAUGUUUGUUCUAACCUUAGAAAUGUAUAUAUUAAUGCACAUACUGUAAACAAAUUUUAUUCUAAAUGAGAGGAUAUUACACACCUUAAUACUCCAGUUCAACUAAGAGAGUUAUAGCAGAGAACACUGUAAAUAAGUCAGAGAUAAAGGUUGCUGCAGACAUCGGUGUAAAACAGCUGAAUGACAAUGCUUGAACAGUUUUCUUGUGUAGUAGAAAUGUUAUUGUAUAUUGAAAAA